AUAACAUGCAGAAUCUAGUCAAGGACCGUGACUUUGCGAUACGGCUCCCUUCAAUAUGAGAAGCACGCUUUGGCGCCGGCUCACAGCAGCCAUGGCCGGAGUGUGGAGCGCGCCCUGUGCAGCACUGCUGCUGCUGGUGUUGGUGGUGGAGGUGUCUCUGAACGGCGUAGCGGCAGCCGGCGAGGUGGUGCGCACCAGGCAGGGCGCCCUGAGGGGCGCCAGCCGCGUGUCCAGCGACGGCCGGCCCUUCCACGCCUUCUACCGCAUACCCUACGCCAAGCCGCCCGUCGGGCCGCUGCGCUUCAGGAGUCCUCAGCCUCCGGAUGCGUGGACACACAUUCUCGAUGCUACGACUCCUGGGCCUGUAUGCACCCAGCACGCAGUGCUGAUGCCGGGAUCGUCUGUCUCCGGCGCUGAGGACUGCCUUUACCUUAACGUCUUCACUCCACAGCUGAAACGUGCGGAGGCGCUUCCAGUCAUGUUCUGGAUUCAUGGAGGUGGCUGGAUUGAUGGUAGUGGAAUCGGUUAUGAGCCAGACUUUCUAAUGAACCACGACAUCGUUCUUGUCACUAUUAACUAUCGUCUUGGUCCUCUGGGUUUCCUGAGUACGGAAGACGCUGCAUCCCCAGGAAAUUUUGGCCUCAAGGACCAGGUGGCGGCUCUCAGGUGGGUCAGAGAGAACAUCGAGGCGUUCGGCGGCGACCCCGGCAGUGUGACCAUCUUUGGCGAGAGUGCGGGUGGUGCCAGCGUGCACUACCACAUGCUGUCCCCGCUAUCCAGAGGUCUUUUCCACCGGGCGAUCUCGCAGAGUGGCGUUUCCCUGGCGUCUUGGGGCAUACCACGGCCUGGAGGUCUGCAGAAGGCGCAGAAGGUGGCAGCCCUGGUGGGAUGCCCCACAGAGCCCAGCGCCGCCCUCGUCGACUGCCUGAGGAGCGUGGACGACUACAAGAUCGUCAACACGACAUACCAUUUUACUGAAUGGUUCUUCAGCCCACUCAUACCUUUCCGACCAGCUAUAGAAGGUGAAGGAGACGGUUCGUUUCUGCCCAAACAUCCACGUGAACUGGAGCCUCAUACAGCAAUUCCAUGGAUGACAGGUGCCAACCAGGACGAAGGGUACCUGUUUGCAGCGGCUUGCAUACCAAAUAAACAGCUACUGGAAGAUUUGACACAGGACGGAGAAAGGCUGUUUCCCUUGAGUUUAUCGUAUGACGGAGAGCCAGAGGCUGAUUUCGUCACUAAGAAGAUUAAGGAUUUCUACUUCUCAAACGGUGAAGUUUCAGUCAGCAAACUCAGUGAAUUAUACACUGAUGGAUUAUUUAUCUGGAAUGGGGAAGAGGCUAUCAGGAAGUACAAGGAUACGGCGCCUGUGUACUACUACCUUCUUUCAUACAAGGGAAAAUACAGAAUGACAAAAUACCUUGGAGGUGGUGAUCUGGAUCUGGGAGUGGCCCACGGAGACGAUCUGUUUUACUUAUUUUCGAAUAAUCCUUACUAUCCAACAUCUGGUGACAUGCCCAAGGAGGACUACGAAAUGGUUAAAACCAUAACCAAGCUCUGGACAGACUUCGCUAAAACUGGGAAUCCCACACCAGACAACGACCCUGUGCAUUGGCCAAGGGUAACAUCAGAUGGUGAUUUGGAGUACCUGGAUAUAGGAAAACAGCUGGAAGUGAAGAAAGGUCUCUUCCAGGAGCGAAUGGAUUUCUGGAGGUCGCUGCCUCUCUGGCAAACAAAGCGAUCCAGCGCUACCAAGGAAGAACUCUAACGUUGAUUCAAAUGGGCAUUAUGUAUUAAUGCUUCGUUAUUUAAGAAAACACAAAACUUUUCGGUUCAUGUAACAUGAAAUAUGAUAAUGAGCGAUCAUUAACCGAAUUACUUUCUACAAAACGUUUAGUACUGUACGAAAAUGUUCAUGGAAUAGUAUUUCCUGUUUUUCUACUUUUUUUACGUAUUACAUUCAACUCACACUGCAAACAGUAUUGUGUAUAAUGCUUUUCAUCUGUGAAAAUGUUUGUGAUUUUUUUACCGAAAAACAAAUAAACAGUUCCAAAGCUGUCA